CAGCGUGGAGGACUCCGGUGCCAUGAGAGAGAACAGUGUUUGCACAGCCCUCGCAGCCAUCAAUCAUCCAGCAAGCUCCCCCCAUGCUCCGAGUGCCCUCAUUGUUAAAAUGAAAGCAGAUUUCUCCAUGGCAACUGGAACCCUAUAAGGUUGUUGUCGCUAAUCCUCCCCAGCUUACACAAUUCUUAUUUCUGAUAAGAGGUUUUACCAAUGCAGUGGAAUUCUCAUCAGACCCUUCCUUCCCACCCGCUAAAGGAGUAAACCAGCCUCUGCUUCGUCUAACGGGAGAGAGAAAAAGACUUUCGUUCACCGAGAGGAGGCCAGGUCGAGCGCGCCAGGGCCCCCUAACCCUUCAAUCAGCCACAAUGCAUCUCCGGGCCCUCACUUUGUCCCUGCUGGUCCACCUGCUCGUGAUGGGGAGGGUCCCGGCAGUGUGGGGCCACGAGGAGGGCUACCUGAGGGACGUCCUGCAGACGCUGCCCCUUGGGGACCCGACGCAGAUGGACAGGAACCAGACUAGACUCCUGGUCUCCAGUCUCUUCCGCGCAGUGCAGUGUCCCGACAGGAUUGGCGGGACACAGCAGGAGUGCGACCAGUGUCUCACGACGGACACACUUCUCUCGGUCCUGGAGGAUGAUGGCAGGGAGUAUCUCUCGGAGGAGGAUUAUCAGCGGAUCUCCACUGUGCUGCUCUACUACAUCAUCAACAUGAGGGACCUCUGCUCCUCCAACUAUUCGUCUACCUCCCAGGACUACCAAUACUACCUCUCAGCCAUCAUGAACCUCCACCCCCAGGAGGACGACAGUUUCCUCUCCCCCAACGAGACGGAGAGCGCCCUGCAGCUCAUCAACCAGCACUAUCAGCCCUCCACCUCCACUCUGUGCACUGAUGCCUCAUCCCUGAUGGAAGAGGUGGAUGUUGCUGACAGCCAGGGGGCCGAUUUCACCACAGUCUCAAGGCUGGCUGCAACAAUCAUCAGCCGCAUCCUUCAGGGACGCUGUUUCAGCAAGCGGAAUCUCCCCUCCCCGGGAUUCUUCACUGACUUCAUAUUUCAGUCCCUCAACCGCACCAGCGACCUUGACGUUUUGGAUUUGGAAGGCCUGCUGCACCAGCUAGGAGUGGGAGGGGGAAGGGCGCCUCACUUGCACAACAGACGGAGGAGGAGUGUUGUAGGCUCCUCCAACAUGCAGAGGAAGGUGCAUCGAUUAGACAGCUGCACUCAGGAGCCAUUGGGGCCCAGCCCCGACUGGACACAGGUUUGUUUUUCGGCCAGUCAGCUCGUGGAAAUUUUCGUGCUGGACCCCCACUCGCCGAUCUCCAAAGAACACUUCAGGCACAUUUGCCCAGCCAUCAUCCAGCAGUUGCUAGGCGACGUGUGUGAUUCUGCAGGGUCGAAGGCGCGGGGCUCUCCUCCGAGUGCCAUUGAGAAGUACGGCUACAGCACUGUGGCAGUUCUGCUCAUCACACUGGGCUCCAUGCUGGGCAUCGCCCUCAUCUUCUUCAACUCCUGCCAGGAGACAUACGCCCUGCUGCUGCAGCUCUUUGUGGGCCUGGCAGUGGGCACGCUCUCCGGGGACGCUCUGCUGCACCUCAUUCCACAGAUACUGGGCCUCCAUGAUCACACUUAUUACAAGGAUCAGCAUGUGGUAGAGAACAAAGACUACCUCUGGAAGAUUCUGGGCAUCAUCGCAGGGCUCUACGGCUUUUUCCUCAUCGAAAGAAUUUUCUCUCUUGUCAUGACAUCACAUGGACAGGGCCACUCAUACGCAAAUGAGCACUUGGGCCAUUCCCAUGACCUCUCACUGGAGCUAAACUGUAACGGCCAGUCGCAGAGGGGAAAGUCCAUCUCCACCAUGCAGCUGGGGACCCUGGAGGAUUCGGAAUGUACUGAGAUCCCCUCAGAGGAACCAGAAGUACGGAUUCCUACACGUCCCAAGAGGCAGGGAGUGUCGUUGUUGGCCGUGAUGGUGAUUGUGGGUGACAGCCUCCACAACUUCGCUGACGGCCUGGUCGUGGGGGCGGCCUUCUCCUCCUCGGCCGAAACCGGCAUGGCGACCACGGUGGCAAUCCUGUGCCACGAAAUCCCUCAUGAAAUGGGUGACUUUGCCGUGUUGCUGAGUUCCGGGCUCUCAGUGAAGAUGGCCGUGCUGAUGAACUUCCUCAGUGCCCUCACGGCAUUCAUCGGCCUCUACAUCGGCCUCUUCGUGUCCACCGACACCGAGGUGCAGCAGUGGAUCUUCACCGUCACUGCCGGCAUCUUCCUCUACCUGUCGCUGGUGGAAAUGCUUCCAGAGAUGAGUCAUGUGAAGACACACCGGCCCUGGCUGACAUUUUUCCUGCAGAACCUGGGGCUCCUGCUGGGCUGGGGGUGUCUUCUGGUCCUGGCUCUUUUUGAGCAUGAACUGAAGUUCUGAGGGAAGGACCGCUGCCCACAUGCCAUAGGUUACGUGUCAGUGACGGGGUGGUACGAUAUACUCCUUUGUGUUACUCUCUUUUUUUAAACAUACCUAAUUAAAUGUACAUAUGUGACAGAAUGCUGGAAACAUAAAAAAUAUAAAUGUCUCAUAUAUAUUGCGACAUGACAUGUUCAGGGGGCUUGUGUACUGUAGUUAGCAACAAAACAAAAUACCAUGAGACCAUGCGAAAAUUAUGAAAACUACCAGCUACAGAUGAACCCUGAUUCAAAGAGUCACAUCAAACUCUAAAACUAUGACUAAGACUGUCAAGACUUUUGGGUGGAAAAAAAUAUCUCCAUUUAUACUGUAUGUAUCGAUACUAGAAAAAAAAAACAGUACUGCUGAUGUACGCACUGUAAUGUGUUAUAACUUAUUGUUGUACAUUGUGACAGGUACAAUAUAGGAUAAAUGGCCUAUUCCCGUUCAUGCUGCUCAAUGCCUUGUGAUGGCCAGUUAUGUGUUUACAAGGCCAGCGGAGAGAGACCAAGUUUUAUACCCCUUUCCCUCUUCGUUGUAUAGAAUCCAGCAACGGCGUGUACUGUAGUCCUGCUAACCCCUCUGAAAAUGCCUGUUAUCCACAUGCUGUCUUCUCAACUGAACUUCAUUGUUGCUGCAGAUUGCCAAACCAUAUCUGGACCUCAUUCUUUGACUGAAUGGCUGAAGAGAUUAUUGCACACUUGUGCCUGAUGUUAGUGUGUUUAAGGGUUAGUGGCUGAAGCUCACAGGUUCAUGGAACUGCAGGUAGUUGGGCAGGAGAGAGUUCAGGAUUAUGAGAAUGAACACCAAUGCUUCCGUUUCCUAUGUGCAGCGCUUAUAGAAUCGUUGUAGAUAAACGCUCAGUUUCUCCUGCUCAGCCAUGUUCCCCCUUUUGUUUCUUGUUUUAAGAAUGCGAAUGUACAAGAAGGCGCUUCAGGAGAUCACAUUAAACGUCUCUAACACAUAUACACACACACACACAC